AUGACCGAAAAUAAUGUUGUAUGUAUGAUUUUUUUUUACCAGAAAUGUUGUUCUUUAGUCUUUACAUGGUGUGAACAUUGAUCGUUAACAAAAGGAGAAAGUGGGGGUUAUUGUGUGUCCCACUGAUGGAAUGGAUGAAACUACAGAAUCGAAUGGCGAACAUUUAUUGAAUGGUCAUUUGCUGAUCGGUGCUGAGAACUAUGACGAUGUUGAUGGGUCGGAAUCCUGCGAACGUGGCGGAAGUGUCACCGGUGACGAUGAACUCAUCAUAGAACAACAAGUUGAUUCUGUAGAAAAUGACUGUGCGGCGACUGUGAAUAACGUUUGUAAAACAUCGUCAGAAAAUGUGCUCGCUAAUCCUGACAAAAUUAACUUGUUAAACUCACAACAUAACGGAAAGGCUCCGCCCAUUGCUUGUACGGAAGUGCACGUACUAAACAAUGUGGAUGAUAAUGAGGAUAAUCUGGCAAAAGCUAUUGAACAACAAACCGAAACAAAUUGUGAACAACACGAGACGAAGCACGAUCAGGUUCAAAUUACACCAGAGAAUGAAGAGGAAACAUGCAGUAAGCAACACACCGACCAGAUGGGAGCUGCAGAUGGGGAGGCAGAGAAAACAUUGGUUUCAAAUCAAACUGUACCUGCUGUGAGACCAAAGGAUUUAUCAGGAAUUAAACCCCGAAAUGAAGAGAGUGAAGGUGGUGAGUGGAGAGCAGACCCUCAUGGGUCUACAUCAGGGUCACUACCUUUGCAUGGUACUGUUAUUCGUGAGGGUGACAUGGUCUCAUUUAUAGCAGAUAAUUUAGAAGAGAAAAUCCGACAGAGUUUUAGCCCUACAACAAGUCUGAAGUCCAGUGAUUCAAAUCUUUCAGAAUGCUCAAGAAGAGUUCAAAAAAUAGCUAAAGAUGAAAGUACAAUUCCUAAAAUUGAUCCACACAUUCUUGAAGAUUUAGAAAAACAGGCGAAAAAAGUUGCUGAUAAUUUGGAUUUAAUGAUGGGAAAUCUAAAAGGAACUUUACACAAUAUGUCUGCUAUUAGUGUUGGUUACAUACAAACUCAUAGAGAUUCAGUGAAUGGAAUGGGAGAAGCAGUGGACAAUUCUGUUAAGUCAAUGUACACUUUAAUAGCCAAAUGUGAAGAACUGAACAAGAAUAUGCAGCCAAUUUAUCAGCUUUCAAGACAAAUAAAAGAGAUUAAGAGAAGGUUGGAUUUAUUAGAGAUGGUUUUCAAAUGACCCAUCGCUGUCAAAUCUGUUGCUGAAUAUCAUUAAUUAUGGUGCCUAUCAUUUCAUUGGCUCCUGUGUGUAAUGCACACUAUGUGAGCUUUGUUUGAUUAUAAAAAUUAAGUUGGCUUCCACGAGAUGCAUCUAGUGCUUAUAACACAUUACU